AUGGCCGGAAAUCGACACAGCAGCGAAGUUCCCUACCAGAACUAUGACAAACUGAAGCAGACUAUCCUAAUGAAACGACAGCGCGGGAAACAUGAACUGUUUGUAGAUCCUUCGUUUCCGCCGGAUCUUUCGUCACUGACGUACGUCUAUAUAGGAGACGAUCGAUACGAAAGGACCAAAUUUGCCAGACCACUGGACAUCUAUCCAAAUGGUACAUUCGCAGGCGUGUGCGGAGUUUGGAAUGUGCAGUUUCCAUGGAGACAUUUUAAGAAGCGAGCAUGGUUUGAAGCUGCUGUUCAAGUGCUCUCGUUAGCCGUCCGUUAUAUGGAAAAGGUCAUCCCUGGUUACAGAAACUGCGAACAGAACUUCGACGAGGAGUAUAUUGGGGCCUUUCAUUUUAACUUUUGGCGGUUUGGGAAGUGGGUGGAGACUACGGUAGACGACAAUCUCCCUGUUCUGGAUGGAAAGUUGAUGUACUGUAACGCUCAGGGAGAGCCACCAGAAUUCUGGGGAGCCCUUUUGGAAAAGGCAUACGCUAAGUUUAAUAAGGCCUAUGAGACAAUUGAAUAUGGCGAUGUUCUGGACGCGUUGACAGACUUGACGGGUGUUAUUUGUGAGUACUUUACCCCUGACGUCAACCCUCCGGAACAAUUUUUUUACACCCUGUAUAGCUCUGUUGUCAAUCGAUCACUGGUCGUCUGCUGGCGGAACGAAAAAAGACUUACUCGAACCGGAUUCAACUUCGAAGGGAAAGAAGACAUAGCAAGUGAUUUAGACAAUAAAAGAUAUUUGCACCUUGUAACAGCGGUCACGAAGUUCCCAUUAAUUGAUGGAAGAGAAGUAGAGGUUGUAAGGCUGAGAUGUUUCUUUCCUGGCGAACCAAAAUGGAAUGGAAAAUUCUCAGACAGAGAUGCCACCUCUUGGUUGGGAGUAAACAAAGAAUUUAACGAGAAAUAUACACCACUUAAAACUAAAGAAGACAACGAAUACUGGAUGACAUUGAAUGAUUUUCAAUGUAAUUUUGGUGGACUAAUUAUUUGUAGUGGUACAGAUCCUUACCGUGCGGAAGGAUUCGGUGUUAUGCGGUCCUACACUUGUAAGACUGAAAACUUGUCUGAUCUUGUUUAUAUUCUACAUUCUCAGAGGAGACUUUCAGAACGAAGAUCAUCGAGUCUUAAAGCAAAGGAUCAUGGAAGAUUGAGGAAUCAUGUCAAUGAAAAAGUAAAGAAAACUGAGAAAAAAAUCAACGAAAUUAAAGUGACGGAAACAAAUCUCACCGUGAAAAUGGACACUUGCCGACGUCAUAGCACCGGUGACGCAACAGUGACGUCAGAAAAUAUCACUCAUAUAUCAUAUCCUGGAUAUAUAACUGAUCACACGACACAAGGACAUAACAUCAAAUGCCAAAUGUUCACUUCCAGAAAACACCAUUCCUAUCCACACGAAGAAAUAUAUAAUAAUAUUAACACUAGGGUUUCUUUUGACCUGAAUAGCUCGAAUAGCACUUCGGACAUUUCAGUUAUAAUUUCUCGGCCACAUAGUGCACCUAUGUCGGCAGGGGAGACAGAUUCUAAGUAUGGUUCCUCAGGUUCAGUAUCUCAACUUACACAGAGCAACUUCCUUGCCACCAGAAAAGACUUUUUCCGACCCAGAGGAGGAUGGAAACAGAUUAUUGAGCAACACGGGAAAUGGACUAAAAAUACAAGUGGAAUAACUUCAUCCAAUCUGGAUGUACUGAGUAAGUGCUCCAGAAUCUCUAUAGCGUUAUCAAAAAAAGAAGGGGAUCCCAAGGAUCAACACCCUAGUUUAUCAAAGAAGAACCUGGUGCUAGUCUCACUGUUACAGGACUACAGACAUGGUGUGGAACACUCCAACAAUAUGCCAGUUCAGUUUGGACUUAGCUUGUUCAGGUGUAAAAAUGCCGAACAUGGAGAGAAAAAGCAUUUGUCCAAACUUCAGUUUAUUUUGAACGCUGAAUCCAAAUAUGAGGCAAGGGAAUUAAGAACAAGGAUAAGCCUCGAUGACGGUUGUUAUGUCGUUGUGCCAUACUGUUUGACAUCGGGUCAUGACGGUGAUUAUCUGCUCCGCAUAAUUGGAGAAAAAGAUCUGCUGGAAAACAAGAACGGAUGGUAA